CCUGUGGGAGAGGAAGGUGGCACCCCAAAGUCUGGUGCCUACGGGGAUCAUUUCUAAAGGGAUGAGCCCCCCUGUGGCCUCAGGAUCCCUUCUUACCCUGUCAUCAUUACUUGGGCCCUGGCACUUCAUUUCCCAAGCCAUUGAAUUGUGAAAAAACAGAAUCCUUGGAGGUUUCCCAGUUGCUUUAGAAGAGAGGCCUGGGAAGACUGGCACAAGAGGCCAACAGGCUCUUCAAAAACCGCACACUUCACUCUUUCUCCUUCCCAUUUCACACAUGACUCCAAGCACUGAUCACAAUUCCAAAGCGGGGAGCUCCAAGUAGAGCUCUUGUGGCUGGAAAGUCCUUCUCUCUGACUGCCUGUUCAUCUGAGUGGUCAGUUUGCUCAACAGGGACCGGGAUUCCCCUGCCCACCUCCUCCCCAUCUUCUUGUUGCCCAGUGAUGCUAUGGGUUGCCCUGAGCAGCAGAGUGAUACAAGGGCCUCCUUCACUGCCUAAACCUCUUUCCCUGCCAGGCGCCUUCGAGCAGGACCCUGAGGCUCCCUACAUGGCACCAGUGAAUGGCAGGUUGUACCACAUGCCGUGGUGUCCCACCUGUUAUUUUCACCGCCUGCCACGAACCAUCCACUGCAAAAGCUGUGACAUCUGUGUGGAGGAGUUCGACCACCAUUGCAGGUGGGUGAAUAACUGUGUGUGGCACCGAAACAUCCGGCUCUACCUGCUACUCCUCCUGUGCCUGUGCCUCCACCUGGGUGCUGUGCUGUCCACCUGCGUGGUUUUCAUCAUGCAGAGGAGGCACAUGGCAUUCCUGGACUAUACCAUGACAUAGCCACACAGUCCCAAGGGCCCACCCUGAGAAGAGCUGGUGUGGUGGGGAGGGAGGGGCAAACAGCCAAGGAGGGACAGAGGAGACCAAGGGCAGGGCUAGAGGGAGAAAUCACUUGGGCGGAAUGUGAAGGAGAUGUGGAAGGCCAGUGGGGUCAGUGACAUGGGCCGGGUAGGAUGCCUGUGGAGUUAAGAAUCUAGGGGAGCCACAGAAUAGGGUAAUAAAAGUUGAAAAGGGACAUGUGGGUGGACAGUGUGGUGGAGUAAGGUUUCACUUGG